CGAUUGCCGCCUUCGUCUCUUUCGUCCUGAGAUGACCGGCCGAGAUCUCUCCAUCAAUCUGAUACCCAAACACACACAUCUCUGACAUAGAAACCGCCAUCGCAAUGACGGUCACAAAAACCCCAUCGCCCACCCCCACCUCCUCUCUCCGCCUCGUCCCCGCCUUCCAACAUCUCAGCGACGCUCAAAUCGCGCCCUUCGCAGACGCUGCCGAAACCCUGCACCUGCAGAAAGACGAGCUGCUCUUGAAGUCUGAACAGUUUCUUGGAGCUCUUUAUGUUGUGCAGAGCGGUGAAUUGGCAUGGACGACCAAGACGAAGGUGUCGGAUGAACAGCCGGAGCAGAGGUCGGAGCUGCGGCCCGUUGGGGAGGGGGGGUAUAUGGGCGUUUGUGCUUUGUUCUCGGAUUACGCGGCACCCUCAGAUGUGAUCGCAGUCAAACCAACAACCGUCAUCAAACUCUCCGCCGCAUCCGCGGAACCUCUCAUUGCCAAAGACCCCGUCGCGGCGUCUUCCCUCAUCCGCUACCUCUCCUCAGAGCUCUCCCAGCACUGGGUGGACAGUCUCGACGAAGCGAAGAAUGCUGCACGUAAACCCGUGAUUACGUUCUUUGAUGCCAAACCGUACAUGACCAAGGUGUUCAGGGCCGAGAAUGAGAAACGAGGGAACAAGUUUGAUUUUGACUUUGUGAAGCUGAAGUUGGAUGAGAGCUCUGUUCGAUUGGCUUCGGACUCGAAGAUCGUCUGCAUCUUUGUCAACGACCAAGUCAGCGCCUCGAUGGCCUCCACCCUGCAACUACACGGCACCAAGAUGAUCGCGCUCCGCUGCAACGGCUCCGACAACGUCGAUCUCGAAGCAUGCACCAAGCUCAAAAUCUCUGUUGCACGGGUACCAAACUACAGCCCGUACAGUGUCGCAGAGCAUGCGACGGCGUUGAUGCUCUGCCUGAACCGGAAGCUGCAUCGCGCGCAUUCGAAGACUGUGCAUGGCGAUUUCGGGCUGGAUGGGCUUGUUGGGUUUGAUAUGCACGGCAAGACUGUCGGCGUCUGCGGAACAGGCAAAAUUGGCCAAUGCCUCGUCGACAUCCUCCUCGGGUUCGGCUGCCGCGUCCUCUGCUACGACAAAUACCAAGCCGACUCGCUCAAAUCCCGCAAAGGCGUAACCUACACCACCAUCGACACCCUCCUCUCCCAAAGCGACAUCAUCUCCCUCCACCUCCCCCUCCUCCCAGACACCCAAUACUUCCUCAACGACGAAAAGCUCUCCAAAUGCAAAAACGGCGUCAUGAUCAUCAACACCAGCCGCGGCCCACUGAUCGACACCAAAGCCCUGCUGAAGCAUUUGAAGACGGGAAAGGUUGGGUAUGCGGGGCUGGAUGUGUAUGAGGGCGAGAAGGGGUACUUUUUUGAGGAUAAGCGGCAGGAAGGGAUUGUGGACGAUGUGUUGGCCAGGCUGAUGAGUUUCCCGAAUGUGGUGAUUACGGGGCAUCAGGCGUUCUUGACGACGGAUGCGUUGGAGAAGAUUGCGGAGACUACUUUGGAUAAUAUUGAGGAGUUUUUGUCGGGUAAAAUGUUGACGGAACUUACCAACUCCUGUAACACGAAAUGAGCUGCAGCUUCAAAGACUUCUUCCUCUCCAUAGGCAGAGACCCUGCAACGGAUCAGACAAUCGCUCUCACGCGUCGCUCGCCUUGGUCAGA